AUACCCCAGAUUCUACCGAUACAAACCUAUUCCAUUUUAUCUUUACUAAUACUUAGAAUUGUUAGGUUAAUUUUAUUAAACGAAAUAAAAUGAAAGAAUUCGGUAAAAAAAAAAGAAAAAAGAAAAAUAUAUGUAAAACGUACAUUCUUUUUAAGACUUUUCAUUUCCU